CGAAGCGCCGACAUCCCGUUAGUAAAGCUCGCGAGAUUACAAACGCUUCCGCUUUCAUCCAGCGCAAUACGGGUUAGGCACUUCUUUUAUUACAGUUAUUUUAGUAAAGGUUAUGCUUUACUUCUUUGGUGCAUUAUAACUUGACAUCAGCUGCAGGAAUCUGAAAAUUUUGUCAUGGCUGACACACAGGAGAGAAGCCCGCCAAGGAGUGGGUGUGUGCAAUUUUUGAUGGCCAACAAGUUAGAAACAGCAAUGUGGCUUUCACGUCUUUUCACGGUCUAUUGCUCCAUUUUGUUUAUUCUUCCUAUUCUUCGGUUACAAGAAGCUGCUAAUUUUUAUCAACGUGCCUUGUUGGCCAAUGCUCUCACCAGUGCACUUCGGCUUCAUCAAAGGUUACCUCAUUUUCAACUAAGCAGAGCUUUUUUUGCACAAGCCUUGCUGGAAGACAGCUGCCAUUACCUUCUCUAUUCCUUAAUCUUUGUUAACUCUUAUCCAGUCACAAUGAGCAUUUUUCCAGUCUUCCUUUUUUCAUUGCUUCAUGCUACAACGUAUACAAAGAAGGUGCUUGACUCAAUUGGUCCUGGGAGUAUGGCAUUCCUUAGAUCUCUCCUGGAUAAACUUGCCACCAACCAGCAGAAUAUCCUAAAGUUUAUUGCGUGCAAUGAAAUUUUUUUAAUGCCAGCAACAGUUUUCAUGUUGUUCAGUGGUCAAGGCAGCCUGCUACAGCCUUUUAUUUACUACAGAUUCCUCACCCUUCGCUAUUCAUCAAGGAGAAAUCCUUACUGUCGAACACUAUUUACAGAACUAAGGAUCUUGGUGGAACAGCUAAUAACAAAGCCAUCCUGUCCUGCCUUCAUAAGAAGGAUGUGUCUUUCGAGCAUUUCUUUUAUUAGCCGAUUGGCACCGGCAUAAAAUUGGGUCGUCUGAGUUGUGUUUGGGAUUCAAUAAACUUUUUGAAUGUGCCCCAGCAGCUGGUUUUUCUGCAGAUAGCUGUGUCAAGCUGAAAUAUUGUUCCAUAUUGCACUGAACCCUUCUUGAACUAGAAUCCUUAUUAUAGGUCGAUGUUUUAUUGCUUUCCCCCAUUUCUUAAGAUGUAAUUCAUACUAAAAUGUAAAUUAAUUUUACUUAAUUGUAUCUUAAUAAACACUCUUUUCUUCAUUAUUGAAGUGAAUGCAAUGCAUCAACUGUUUGAAUGACAUCAUCACAUUUCCAAAAAAAUAAAAGGAACAUGGCUGAUUAUAAAAUAUUUGCUUCUUAGCAUGGAGGAUUAAAUUAUUUUACUGUACUGGUACUGCAUUCAAAACAAUUAAGGUAUGAAUUAUUUUAACACUUAAUUCUUAUGACAUUCUAUAACAAGAAUCCAAAGUAUUUUUAAGUGUAGUUUCGAAUAAAAAAAAUGUUGUACAGUCCUGAGAUUGGUUUGCAUGUUGAUUUUGACUCUUGCUGUUUAUACACAUAAUGUCCAGCUCUAUAUGUAGCUUUAUUUAGUUGUGAUCAUUAUCUGAACACACAACUGCCUUGUUUCAAAGCCCUCUCAACUCCAGUCUGGAUUGAACUGUUCAUCACCUAGCAUCUAAAUAAGAAUAUUUGGCCCAAUAAUUAUGGUAGAUUGGUUGAAAUAGCAGUGUAACCUUUAUACUU